AUGAAGAGGGAACACCAUCCAAUGAAAACGAUUGGUGAUGUAAUUUCUGAAGCCAAAGUAUUCUCUGUGCUAGAUGCAAAAUCAGGAUUCCUCCAAAUUAAACUUGACAAAGAAUCUUCAUACUUGACUACCUUCAAUACACCGUUAGGGAAAUACAGGUGGCUCAGACUCCCAUUUGGAAUUAAAUCAGCUCCAGAAAUCUAUCCACGUAUCAUGGACCAAAUGUUGGAAGGUAUCCAAGGUGCAUUCACCAUCAUAGAUGACAUACUUGUGGCUGGGAGAGAUCUAGAGGAACAUGAUAAAAUCAUGAGGCAAGUUGUCGAACGUGCAAGAAAGUACAGCCUGAAACUUAACUACGAGAAGUGCAAAAUAAGGCAACCCAAAGUGAACUCUAUAGGUCACGUGAUUACUGAACACGGUCUACAGCCAGACGCAGGAAAGGUCAGGGCCAUACUAGAGAUGCCUGCACCUACUGACAAAGAAGGGGUACGCCGCUUCCUAGGUUUAGUCCAAUAUCUCGCCAAAUUUCUGCCAGAUUUAAGCAGUAUUGACGCUCCUUUGCGUACACUCUUGAAGUCUGACGUAGAGUUUGCGUGGCAACAUGAACAGCAGGAAAGUUAUAAAGAACUUUAA